AUGGGAAGGGUGUUUGCAAUUACCCUCGAAGGCUCGAUCUACAGAUGCAAGCACUGUGGAACUCAUCUUGCUCUCAGCGACGACGUCGUUUCAAAGUCUUUCCACUCCAGACAUGGGAAGGCUUAUCUCUUCAGCAAGGUAGUAAAUGUAACUUACGGGGAGAAAGAGGAGAGGUUGAUGAUGACUGGAUCACACAUAGUGGUGGAUAUAUUCUGUGUCCGGUGUGGUUCAAUUGUCGGGUGGAAAUAUGAAGUUGCUCAUGAAAAGAGUCAAAAGUACAAGGAAGGGAAAUCGGUUCUCGAGAGGUUUAAGAUCUCUGGGCCAAAUGGAAGCAGCUAUUGGGCGAGCCAUGAAGAAAAUAUUGGUGGAAACGAUGACAGUGAUGAUAUUGGAUUUUAA